AUGUUGAAGCAGCUGUAUGGCAGACCCGGAUUGCUGGUCAAAGAACUGAUCGGGCAAGCUCGACGUGCCGAGGCACCGAGGCUGGAACGUUUAGACCAGCUGAUUUCGUUUGGCAUAACCGUCCAGAGGUUGUGCGACCAUCUGAUAGCUAGUGAAAUGGAAGAGCAUUUCUCCAACCCGGAGCUUUUAGAGGAGCUGGUAGAAAAGCUACCGGCCAGCAGAAAAUUAGAGUGGAUACGCUUUAAAAGAAACUUUGAGAAAGCCACUUUAAGAGAAUUUUGUGCAUUCAUGGAGGAGCUCACUGAGGAUUGCUGUGAGCUGACGGUUCCUGGAAAUGUAGAAAAUAUUCGAGUACCAGUAAAAAUACAUCGAGGCCACACCUUUACGCACUACCCUCCUGCUGUUGAAGUUACACACGAUACGCCAAGGCAGCUGAAAGCCGAAACCAGCAGCCCUGUGGUGACUGACCCAAACAGAGCGAAGUGUUAUGUAUGCAAGGAUCCUGCGCAUCACGUACGACAAUGCGAAACAUUCAAGAGCAUGUCGGUAGCAGAUCGCUUGAAUGCAGUAACGAGUCUGAAACUUUGUCGCAAUUGCCUCAAUAACCACGGUACAAGGGAGUGUAAGUCACGGUUCGUUUGCACAAUUGACGGAUGUGGCGCUCAACAUCACAUGCUGCUGCAUCAAAACACCGGUGGCCCACGGAGACGCAUGGUGCAGUUUCACUAUCACACAACGAAAUCACCACACACACUUUUCCAUGUGACACCAGUGACUGUCCACAACGGGCAGACCAGCGUAGACACAUACGCCCUGAUGGACGAGGCGUCUUCACUGACCACAGUGGAAGCUGCGCUAGCAGAACAACUGGGACUCAACGGCGUUCGAGAGCCGUUAGAAAUAUGCUGGACGGGCAACAUUAAACGACAGGAAGACUCAUCGCAGUGCGUCCAACUGCAGAUAUCAGCACGGGGAGAAGAGCGGCGCUAUACUAUAGCGGCCGCUCACACCAUUAAAAGCUAA